CAAUCCAAAGUUCCUAUGGCAGUCUAUGGGAGUGUCGCAACUCUGUUUUUUCAACGGCUCUGGGUACAACCAUAGACAGUAAAAGUGUCCUGCGUGUUUCGCUGAAGUAGCCCCGAUGACGCUCAGGAAAAACUUCUUAAACCUAAAAUGACGAUUCGACAAGAUUAGAUCUCUUGGAUUUAAUGGACACGGUGACGGAUCACGCAGCAGCAAUACCACACCGCAAGUUUACAUAACAUGAAGUGUCCCAGCUGGAACGGUUCAUUGCAUUUUUCACCAGAUGAUUCUCAAAACUUGAAUUUUCAAAAUUCUCUGCGAUUAUUAAAAAACAACAUAUGUAUGUUCUAGGAUAAGAUUAUCCUAGAUGUUUUCAUCAAAAGCAAAAUGAACACAGCCUGUGCCUUUGUGCUUUUCCUUUUGCUCUUGGUCUCUGUUUCAGCAGGUUCUCAUACUUUGACGGGGCUUGCAACAUACAUUAGAGAAAACGCAUUUAGUGCUUCAUUGAUGUUGGAUGACAUCACUGUAGGAUAUUAUGAUUCAGAAACAAAGAUCUAUGUUGCAAGAGGAAAUACUACAAACGAAGAUGAUGUCAUAGAUCCAAAUAUCGUCAGGACUGUAGAUGAAAAUGUGCUUAAUCAUUUUCAAAAAAUAUCACGUCGCCUGAGACCUGUCAACGAAACCGAAAGUUAUGAAGUUCAUCAGGUGGUGACGUUUUGUGAACAGAGUGACAAUAACCUUGGACAAAUAACCACCAAAACCGCUUAUCAAGGCUCUACAUUUGAUGAGCUGCAUUUUUUCGAUGGCAAAUUCACAUAUCAGCUAUUUUCAAAUUACACUGAACCAGAAAAAAUACGGAAUCUAGAACGGUCCAAGUCACGUCUUGAGAAUUUCUAUUACCCAGCCUGUAUAAAAAUGCUGAAGAAUUACCUUAAAACGAGAGAAACUCAACUAAACAGAAAAGUGAAACCGCUAGUCAGACUCAUUCAGAAAGCAAACUCAGAUUCUGGAGGGUCUCGUGUGAGUUGUUUGUCAUCAGGAUUUUACCCUCGUCACAUCAACCUGACCCUGUUCAGAGAUGGACAGCCUGUAUCUGAUCAUGAGAUCACUGGAGGAGAUCGGCUGCCCAAUGCUGACGGGACGUACCAGAUGAGGAAGAGUCUGGAGAUCAGUGCUGCAGACAAACACAAAUACACCUGCUCUGUCACACACCUCAGUCUGGACAACACACUGGACAACACUUUGGAUUUCAGUGAACCGUUUAAAUCAGUGAUCCUCUCAGUGCUGAUAGUUUUGGCUCUGGUGUUGGUGUUUGGGACUGGAGUCGUCAUAUAUAUAUAUAUAAGGAGGAAGAGACGAGCAGCACCCAAAGAACACGUUGAAACAUGGUAUUAUGAUUCAGAAACAAAGAUCUAUGUUGCAAGAGGAAAUACUACAAACGAAGAGGAUGUCAUAGAUCCAAGUACCAUCAAGGAUGUAGGUGAAAAUGUGCUUAAUCAUUUCAUAGAAAGAUCACGUCGCCUGAGACCUGUCAACGAAACCGAAAGUUAUGUAGUUCAUCAGGUGGUGACGUUUUGUGAACAGAGUGACAAUAACCUUGGACAAAUAACCACCAAAACCGCUUAUCAAGGCUCUACAUUUGAUGAACUGCAUUUUUUCGAUGGCAAGUUCACAUAUCAGCUAUUUUCAAAUUACACGGGACCAGAAAAAAUACGGAAUCUAGAACGGUCCAAGUCACGUCUUGAGAAUUUCUAUUACCCAGCCUGUAUAAAAAUGCUGAAGAAUUACCUUAAAACAAGAGAAACUCAAUUAAACAGAAAAGUGAAACCGCUAGUCAGACUCAUUCAGAAAGCAAACUCAGAUUCUGGAGGGUCUCGUGUGAGUUGUCUGGCAUCAGGGUUUUACCCUCGUCACAUCAACCUGACCCUGUUCAGAGAUGGGCAGCCUGUAUCUGAUCAUGAGAUCACUGGAGGAGAUCUGCUGCCCAAUGCUGACGGGACGUACCAGAUGAGGAAGAGUCUGGAGAUCAGUGCUGCAGACAAACACAAAUACACCUGCUCUGUCACACACCUCACUCUGGACAACACACUGGACGUCACUUUGGAUUUCAGUGAAUCAAAGAAUCAAUCAGUGAUCCUCUCAGUGCUGAUAGUUUUGGCUCUGGUGUUGGUGUUUGGCACUGGAGUCAUCAUAUAUAUAAGGAGGAAGAGACGAGCAGAUUCAUCCAGAAGUGAUUAUUCUGCUGCUCCACCUGAAGAACACACUGAAACAACAGCGUAAUCAAAUUAAAUUUCAUGACUUGAUGCUACAUGGAUCAACAUCAUCAAACUAUCAAAAAAAUGAGUUUCGACUGUUGCUUGGGUUUAUAAUGAAAUAAUAUUAUUAGUUUUUAUGUAUGCCAUUUUUAACAGUUGUCCUUAAAACACAUUGUGAUCUGCACACAUCACAAGUGACAUUACAGAGGUGUCUGGAUGAGGAUUAGGAGAGAAGUUUACAUUUCUUUGGCUCAACUUCUACUUAUCCCAUCACACAUUCCUAUAGUUACUGUGGUUUAUAGACCUACCUGCCUCGCUGUUCCUGGGAUGUGAGCUGUGCCUGAUAUCUGCCCAUCAUACCGGACCAGUGGCAGUCGGCUGAUGUCUGCACUUCUCAAUUGCAUCUCCAAAGAAGGGGUGUGAAUCUUCAAAAUAUUAAAUCAUUGAAGUAUGUCCAUCAGUCACAAGUAAAAACUUAUGUCUCCCACGUUAUGGUCUUGGCUAUGGCCAGAUCUGUGUCUAAUUAAAUCUGUGUCUUUUAUUUUAAAUUACUUUUUUACUAGACACAAAUUUGAUUUCUUAUUUUUAACUGAGAUCUGGACUGGAGUGGGUGAGUCGUCUGUUUUUGGUGUCCUUUAGUAAAUAAAUAAUGUUGACGUUCGAGCACUCAUGCGUGCGUUUACAGCAAAUCCAAUCUAUUCGAUCUCAAAUCCAAUCCAUUCGAUCCAAUCUAUUCGACCUCCCUCAAUCUAUUCGAUCUGCCAAAUCCUUAUACAUGUUCAAAACUGUCUUAAAACAACAUCUUUUAAAUUCAAGUAAAGAGCAUUUUUAAAGGGGUUAGUGUUUAUGUAUGUUUAUGUGCAGGCCCGUCGCGACAAGGCAGGCAAACCAAGCAAUUGCUUGGGGCCCCGAGCUGGCCUGGGGCCCCAAGACAAUGACUGGUUAAGAAUAAAAUGCAAC